CAGAAGGUACCGGUAUUCUGUGCCCCCGUCGUGUGGAACGACUGUGCAACGUACCUGGAAAUGGGGGUACUGGAAGGGGCUCCGGCCCCCAUCCUGGUGGGACGGGAUCUUAUAGAGCAGGAAGCCCAGCUCCGGAGGUGGGAACAGAUCCAAGAGCCAAAGCCCCGCACCGUUCAUGCGGUGACUCGCCUGCAGAGCAGGAAGGCUAAAGAAGGGGAGUUAGGAAAUCCCCGGGAGAAAGUCACACCAUUGGCCGCAGGGGAAGGGACCCCUGCAGACGGCGAUUGCACCCUGGUCCCAGAGGGAACCGGUAACCCCGAGGGUGGGUUAAGUGACAGUCCCGGGGAGGGGUGUAAUCUGUCAGUGGCAGAGGGAGGUGACACUAGCAGGGAGGAGACCCAGGAAGUCCCUGUGGGGGAGUGUGCACUCCCUGCUGAUUGCCUAGCUGGGCAAGAGGAGUUCAAGCAGGAGGUUUGGGAGGACCCCAGCUUGGAGGGACUCCGGCAGAUGGCUCAGGAGCAAGAGACUGAGUUCACUCCGGACAAGAGGGAACAGGUGGUCUGGGAUAAGGGGCUUCUCUAUCAGUUGUGGGUGCCAAAGAACCAUGCCGAGACCAGGGAGCCCCAGCGCCAGCUCAUAGUACCCCGGAAAUACAGACAGCAAUUGCUUGCCCUGGCUCAUGCCCUACCGUAUGCUGGUCACAUGGGCAGGGAACGGACACGCCAGCGGUUGCAGGUGAACUUUUUUUGGCCCAGAAUUGCCCAGAAUGUGACGGACUAUUGCAAAUCUUGCGAGACAUGCCAGCGGACGGGCAAAAGCGGGGACAAGAGAAGGGCUCCCCUGCAGCCCCUCCCGAUCAUAGACCAACCCUUCCACAGGGUGGCAGUGGACAUUGUGGGACCGCUGAAGCAUAGGACUCGUAGGGGAAAGAAAUACAUACUGACUCUGGUGGAUUACGCAACGCGGUACCCGGAGGCAGUUGCCUUGACCUCCAUCAAGGCACCCGUGGUUGCUGAUGCCCUCAUCAAGGUCUUCUGCCAGCUGGGUUUUCCCUCCGAGAUCCUGACGGACCCGGGUGGGAACUUCAUGGUGGAGGUAAUGGAGUGCCUGUGGGACUGCUGUGGGGUGCAACACCUUAAGACCACAGCCUACCACCCUCAGACAAAUGGGCUGGUGGAAAGGUUCAACGGGACAUUGAAAGGGAUGCUCAAGGCCUAUGUGGACUCCAACCCCAAUGACUGGGAUGAGAAACUGCCGCAUCUGCUCUUUGCCUACCGGGAGGUGCCCCAGGAGUCCACUGGGUUCUCGCCCUUCGAGCUGAUGUUCGGGAGGCGAGUGCGAGGUCCUCUCGAUUUGGUGAGAGAGGAGUGGGAAGGGAAGAUCGCUUCCACAAAGACCUCCGUGGUGGAGUAUGUGCUUGACUUUCGUCAAAAACUGACUGACAUGAUGAAUGUGGCACGGGACUCCCUGGGACAGGCCCAGGAGAAGCAAAGGUCCUGGUAUGAUGAGAAGGCCCGCUUACAUACCUUUGAGCGGGGUGAGAAUGUGAUGGUUUUCCUGCCACUAAAAACGGACAAGCUGCAAGCUGCUUGGGAAGGUCCCCAUGCUGUCCUGGACAGACUGGAUGAUGUGACCUGUGUAGUGGGUAUUAAGGGAACUCCGGGGGACCCCGAGGAGCCGGUCAUGUAUGGAGACUGGGAUGGCGAGGCAGGGAUCGAGGAACUCCGCCUGCCGGACCAUCUGCCCUCCCAGGACAAGGACCAGCUGCUCGCAGCGCUCAAGGACUUUGAGACUGUGUUCUCUAACAAACCAGGUAGAACAGACCUGGCGGUACACUCGAUAGAGACGGGCAGCCAUCGCCCUAUAUACUCCCGACAUUACCCAGUCAAUGAGAAGGUGAGGCAAGAAAUAGAACGGGAGAUCGCAGAGAUGGAGGAGUUGGGGGUAAUCCGGCCUUCGACGAGUCCCUGGGCAAGUCCGGUGGUACUCGUCCGGAAGCAGGACGGGACCAUCCGGUUCUGUGUGGACUACCGGAAGCUGAAUGCCAUUACCACCCCUGAUGCGUACCCUAUGCCCAGGAUGGACACGUUGCUGGAUCGCCUGGGCCCAGCCAAGGUGAUCUCAACUCUCGAUCUGUCCAAAGGAGUUUGGCAGAUGGCCCUGGGCCCGGAUGCCAUAGCCAAGUCUGCCUUUACCACACCUACGGGGCUAUACGAGUUCACAGUUUUACCUUUCGGUUUGCGCAACUCGCCCGCCUCUUUCCAGAGACUGAUCAAUAAUCUGCUGCAAGGAUGUGAGCAGUUUGCCAUGGCUUACAUCGAUGACAUCGCCAUCUUCAGUCCGGAUUUCGAGUCGCACCUGACUCACCUGACCACCGUGCUAGGUAAGAUCAAGCAAGGAGGUCAGAUUGCUCCCUUGUGGGACAAGAUCGAGGCCAUCAAAGACUGGCCACCUCCACAGACCAAGAAGCAAGUCAGAGCCUUCCUUGGCCUGGCGGGUUACUACCGAAGAUUUGUCCCGGGGUUUGGAGCAACCGCAGCCCCGCUGCACGAGCUGACCAAGAAGGGCAGCCCGGACCCGGUGGUCUGGAAGCAGGGGUGCCAGGAAGCAUUCGACGCCCUCAAGGCUGCCCUGGUCAAACAACCGAUCCUGAAGGCACCGCUCCAGGAUAAACCCUUCUACGUGGCAACGGAUGCCUCCGACGUAGGACUGGGAGCUGUGCUCUUACAGGAGCACCAGGAGACACGGCACCCCGUGGCGUACCUCAGCCGGAAGCUAAUCCCUCGGGAGCGAAACCUGUCCUCCAUCGAGAAGGAGUGCUUGGCCAUCGUCUGGGCCCUGAACAAGCUGAAGCCCUACUUGUGGGGACAACAGUUCACCGUCCUGUCGGACCAUGCCCCAUUGCAGUGGCUGCAGACCAUGCACAACACCAAUGCCAAGCUGCAACGUUGGUCUUGGCAGCUGCAGGAAUUUAAUUUUACGGUCCAACACAUAAAAGGAAGC